AGCGCGCAUGCGCACAGAAGGGAUAUUCGAGGUCGAUUAAAGGUGUUUUGAAAUUUCCCUUCUUGUUUAUCCUCGAUAAUGCCUAAAGAUUACGAUAAAGAUGCAUAUCCCGAGCCUCCCCGUCAGACUCCAUUGGUGGAUAAGCAAACGGCACUGCCGAAUCCAGCUUUAAUAUUGUCAAAGCUCUUCUACUACUCCGUUGAUCUGCCUGUAACCACAUUCAGAGGUGUUAUCGAGGGCAUCCAGGGCAAUAAGAAGUCCCACUACUACCAUCAGGUGUUCCGUCGUGUCCCUGAAUUGACUGAAUGCCAGGAAGGAGAUUACCUGUGCUACUAUGAAGCUGAGAUGCAGUGGAGGAGAGACCAUAAAGUGGAUCAGGAGAUCGUGAAGGUGAUCCAGGAGCGUCUCAGGGCCUGCCAGCAGCGAGAGGGACACAGUUACAAACAGAAAUGUGGCAAAGAGCUGCAGCAGUUUAAUCAAGUUUCCAAGGCCUUUCAAUCACGCUAUGGGGAUCUCGGUGCAUACGCCAGCGCAAGAAAGUGUUUGAUGAAACAGAAGGAGAGAAUGAUGGAAGAGGCACAAAAGGCAUAAACUUGCCUCUCCUUCUGCUUUUCUAUGUCGCUCUCUCAUCUGUGUAUCAAAGUGUAAAAUAAAGUUAUUCCAAAGUGA